UACACUGUGUGUUUGUGGUAUUCCCUGUUAUUUUGGGGUGUGACUCUUGAACAGACCUGUUUAUCCUGAUCUUGUGUUUGUGAGCUCACAGUCAGUGUUACUGGUUUUCCUCUCAGACUGGCUGAAGUCCAGUCUGAGAGGAUGAGUGAUUGUGUGGAGGAAGAGGAGGACAGAGCAGAGUCUCCACGACCCAGCUGUCUGUCCUUCAAGAGUGACUGUUCCAAAGAUGAAAGUCCAUACUUCAGUAAUGAACCUGGACCCUCGGACACAAAAACAAGACCUGGACUGCAGACAGCCAGUCAGACCAGCACUGAACAAACAGAUAGUGGUCUGCAGGAGGUUUUACAUCAACAUAAGAUCAGUCUGAGGAGCAGAUGUGAACAUGUGACUGAAGGAACUGAUGGAACAGGAAGUGGAACCCUCCUCAACAGGAUCUACACUGAGCUCCACAUCACAGAGGGACAGAGUGAAGAGGUUAAUACCCAACAUGAGGUGAGGCAGCUGGAGACAACUUCCAAGAUGGAGACCCUCCAUGACGCUCCAAUCAGGUGCCACGACAUCUUUAAAGUCUCACCUGUCCAACAGAGACACGACAUCUUUAAAGUCUCAGCUGACCAGCAGAGACCCAUCAGAGUGGUUCUGACCAACGGCGUCGCUGGCGUUGGAAAAACCUUCUCAGUGCAGAAGUUCUCUCUGGACUGGGCAGAGGGCUUGGAGAACCAAGAUGUCAGUCUGCUGGUUCUGCUUUCGUUCAGGGAGCUGAACCUGAUCAGAGAUCAGCAGUACAGUCUUCUCAGGCUGCUCCAUGUUUUCCAUCCAACAUUACAGAAGGUCACAGCAGAGCAGCUCGCUGUCUGUAAAGUUCUGUUCAUCUUUGACGGCCUGGAUGAAAGCAGACUGUCACUGGAUUUCAACAACAGGAAGUCUGUGUCUGAUGUCACACAGGAGUCAUCAGUCAACGUGCUGCUGACAAACCUCAUCAGGGGGAAUCUGCUUCCCUCGGCUCUCGUCUGGAUAACUUCCAGACCUGCGGCGGCCAAUCAGAUCCCUCCUACAUGUGUGGACAGGGUAACAGAAGUACGAGGCUUCACUGACGCCCAGAAGGAGGAGUACUUCAGGAGGAGAUCCAGUGAUGAAGAGCUGUCCAGCAGAAUCAUCUCACACAUCAAGACGUCCAGGAGCCUCCACAUCAUGUGUCAAGUCCCAGUCUUCUGCUGGAUCACUGCUACAGUUCUGGAGCACAUGUUGACCACAGACCAGAGAGGAGAGCUGCCCCAGACCCUGACUGACCUGUUCUCACACUUCCUGCUGGUUCAGACACAGAGGAAGAAGAACAAGUACCAUGAGGGACGUGAGACGAGUCCACAGGAGCUGACGGAGGCUGACGGGGAAGUUCUUCUGAAGCUGGGGAGGCUGGCGUUUGAACAUCUGGAGAAAGGAAACAUCAUGUUCUACCAAGAAGACCUGGAGCAGUGUGGUCUUGAUGUCACAGAGGCCUCGGUGUACUCAGGACUUUGUACUGAGAUCUUCAGAAGAGAGAGUGUGAUCUUCCAGAAAACAGUCUACUGCUUUGUUCAUCUGAGCGUUCAGGAGUUUCUGGCUGCAGUCUACAUGUUCCACUGUUACACCAACAGGAAGACAGAGGUCCUGGAGAACUUCCUGGGAGAAGACUACAGUGACUCAUCCCUGGAUUUCUUCCUGAGGGCAGCCAUGGAGAAAUCUCUUGAAAGUAAAAACGGUCACCUGGACCUGUUUGUUCGCUUCCUUCAUGGCCUCUCUCUGGAGUCCAACCAGAGACUCUUAGGAGGUCUGCUGGGUCAGACAGAGAACAGUCCAGAAACCAUCCAGAGAGCCAUCAACAACCUGAAGAAGAUGAAUACUUAUAAAACCUCUCCUGAAAGAAGCAUCAACAUCUUCCACUGUCUGAUGGAGAUGAAGGAUCACUCAGUUCAUCAGGAGAUCCAAGAGUUCCUGAAGUCAAAGAACAGAUCAGAGGAGAAACUCUCUGAGAUCCACUGCUCAGCUCUGGCCUACAUGCUGCAGAUGUCAGAGGAGGUUCUGGAGGAGUUGGACCUGGAGAAGUUCAACACAUCAGGGGAGGGACAACGGAGACUGAUCCCAGCUGUGAGGAAUUGCAGGAAGGCUGUACUUACUAAUUGUGGAAUCUCAGAGAUUCACUGUGAAAUUCUGGCCUCAGCUCUGAGGUCCAACCCCUCCCACCUGAGAGAACUGAACCUGAGUGGAAACUACAACCUGCAGGAUUCAGGAGUGAAGAUCCUGUCUGCUGGAUUGGAGAGUCCGAACUGUGGACUGGAGACUCUGAGAUUAUGGAACUGCAGUUUGUCAGAGAUCAGCUGUUCUUCUCUGGUCUCAGCUCUGAAGUCCAACCCCUCCCACCUGAGAGAACUGGAGCUGAGUAGAAACAAGCUGCAGGAUCCAGGUGUGAAGCAGCUGUGUGGUUUUCUGGAGAGUCCAGACUGUCGACUGGAGACUCUGAGUUUGAGGUCCUGCAGUUUGUCAGAGAUCAGCUGUUCUUCUCUGGCCUCAGCUCUGAAGUCCAACCCCUCCCACCUGAGAGACCUGCAGCUGAGUGGAAACUUCCUGCAGGAUUCAGGAGUGAAGCAGCUGUGUGGUUUUCUGGAGAGUCCAGACUGUGGACUGGAGACUCUGAGGUUGAUGGACUGCAGGUUGUCAGAGAUCAGCUGUUCUUCUCUGACCUCAGCUCUGAAGUCCAACCCCUCCCACCUGAGAGAACUGCAGCUGAGUCUCAACAAGCUGCAGGAUCCAGGAGUGAAGCAGCUGUGUGGUUUUCUGGAGAGUCCAGACUGUCGACUGGAGAUUCUGAGACUGAGUUCCUGCAGUUUGUCAGAGAUCAGCUGUUCUUCUCUGGCUUCAGCUCUGAAGUCCAACCCCUCCCAUCUGAGAGACCUGCACCUGAGAGGAAACGACCUGCAGGAUUCAGGAGUGAAGCAGCUGUGUGGUUUUCUGGAGACUCUAGACUGUAGACUGGAGACUCUGAGACUGAGUUCCUGCAGAUUGUCAGAGAUCAGCUGUUCUUCUCUGGCCUCAGCUCUGAAGUCCAACCCCUCUCACCUGAGAGAACUGGACCUGAGUGGAAACGAGCUGCAGGAUUCAGGAGUGAAGCAGCUGUGUGAUCUUGUGGAGAGUCCAGACUGUCGACUGGAGACUCUGAGCAGGGAGUGGUGAAGCGCGUGUGUUCAGAGAGGAUGAGCCGUGUCCUGAUGAUCCAGAUGUUGAAGCAGCAUCAGCAGCUGGUGUGUAGAGAGGCUCUGAUUGGACCAUGGUACUAGGAGGAGGAGAGGAGAGCUUCAUCCAGCAGUGACUGACAGAGGAAUCAGAAGAAGUGGAGAUGAAUCUCAGUGCUGCAGUCUGAACUGAUCUGAGAACAGCUCCACUGUCACACACAGUGUAGAUGGUGUUUAUGACAACAUCAAUGUAAAUUGACACAAAAUUCAAAGACAGAAAGUCUAAGUUACACUACUAAGAAACACUACAUUACUAAUGGUCCUGACCAAAUGACCUAAGAAAAUCAAAAUAUUACUGGGAAAUUUUAGGUCAUGGGUUCAAUUGUGAUAUUCACUAAAUCCUGAAGUCUAAAGCUCCAAGUAAUCAAGAGUCUCUGAGUGUCACACAGCCUCAGUGAUGGAAAUAUUCACUGACAAUCUCAAUAAAUGGAGGACGACUGUGUCUGGAUUUUUGUGUAAAAUCAGCAUCACUAUCUUUUAUUUUGUAUAUGAUAUUCGUUGUAAAAAGAGAAAAAUCAGAACAAACUCAAUUUAUUGAAGUUCGUACUUAUUUACUAAUUCAUCACAUGUCUGUAGACAUGUAAAGCAUCAAGCAAUCAUCAGAGAUCAUUUUAAUAGCUGGUAUUAGUUUCUGUCGUAAUCAAAGACUGGUCACUCGUGUUUCCGGCCCUUUAUUUUGACAUUUCCGUUUUGGUAUCCAUGUGUAACGGGUUUUUUCUUCUUACUUGAUAAUUAUCCGUUUUAGAUUAGAAGAGGAGAUUUAAAUGUUACAUAGUGAGGACAGGUUGUCGGUCGAGUAGCAAUCAUGGAAUAAAAUUAAUUUUUUAUACUG